AUGGAAUAAAACAAUAUGGGUUACAGUCAUGGCUCGUCCAAACUUAAGAUGUCAAUCAUAUCACACUUAUAAAAUCUCUAUAUAAUAAUUACCCACCUUUUGUAACACCGUGUACCCUAAAAAAACGAAAAGGGGAAUUCAAUGAACCACCACUUCCUCCUUGUGUGCAUUCCGGCCCAAGGCCAUCUAAACCCCACUUUCCGACUCGCCAAGCGCCUAAUACUCGGUGGUGCAAGAGUCACCUUAGCCACCACCAUUUACGGCCUCAGUCAGAUCAAGAGCUUCCCCUCACUCGAGGGCUUAACCUACGCCUCUUUCUCCGAUGGCUAUGACGACGGAAACUACCCACGUGACAACUCGCAGCGUUAUUUAGCCGAACAAAAGCGGGUCGGCUCCCAAUCCCUCCCUGACCUAUUAGAGACCUUAUCCACACAGGGCCGUCCCAUAACUUUUAUAAUUUACAGUCUCACCCAAGCUUGGGUUGCCACUGUGGCCCGCAAUUUGUCCAUCCCUUCUGCUCUUCUUUUCAGCCAGUCUGCUACUGUCUUUGCUAUCUUCUACCAUUGCUUCAACAGCCACACUGGUUCUUAUGAUAUGGAAAGUAAAAGCCCUCCAAACACCAUAACAUUACAGGGGUUGCCGAUAUUUACAUGGAAAGACUUGCCUUCUCUUAUCUUACCAAAUAAUAUAUAUUGGUCCUUCACACCUUCUAUUCAAGAACACAUUCAAACCCUUGAACAAGACCCAAAUCCUUGUGUACUCAUAAACACCUUUGAUGCCCUAGAAGAAGAUGCAAUCAAGGCCGUCGCUGUUGCUGAUCAUACUAAUAACAUAAAUCUGAUCACCGUUGGACCCUUGAUUCCAUUUGAUGAAAACACCCCAUCAGAAAAAUCAUCCUCCAGCGUUGAUUUAUUUGAAACAUCUAGUGAUUACAUCCAAUGGUUAAAUUCAAAGCCAGAUCGGUCCGUUGUCUAUGUGUCCUUUGGAAGCUUAGCAGAGUUACAGAAAAAUCAAAUGGAAGAGAUUUAUCAAGGAUUAAUAGGUAGCAGUUGGCCAUUCUUGUGGGUGAUCCGGUCACCAAGAGAUGGACAAGAAGACUUGGCGGAUAUGAUGAAGAAUAGAGUCAAGGAGGAAGAAGGGUUGAUAGUGGCAUGGUGCUCUCAAGUGGAGGUGCUGAAUCACAGAUCAAUAGGGUGUGUUGUAGGGCACUGUGGAUGGAACUCCACCGUGGAGAGCUUGGUGGCGGGGGUGCCAGUGAUUGCAUUUCCACAGUUUUCCGAUCAAAUAACGAAUUCAAAGAUGGUGGAGGAGGUGUGGAGGACGGGUGUUAGGGUGAAAGUAAACGAAGAGAAUUUUGUGGGGAAGGAAGAGAUAAAGAGGCUGGUGGAGAUGGUGAUGGGAGAAGAGAGAGGGGAAGAGAUGAGAGAGAAUGCUAAGAAGUGGAGAAAGUUAGCUCUUGAAGCUAUUAAGGACGGCGGUUCUUCUGAAAAUAAUUUGAAGGCCUUUGUGAAAAGCUUGGGAAGUUGAAAAUAAUAGCUAUGAAUGUUGAAUGUAAAACAAAUUAAAAGGUCCAAGUGUGGUUGUGUCCCUUUUUUCAAAGUCAUUGUUGGGUUUUGUCCACUUUUAUUUUGUAACUUUAUGUUGUAUUGCAGUUUGUGGAUUAUAAGUUUCGAAUUCAUUGUCUC